AUGAGCACACGGACAUUGGAACAGAGGCGGGCGCAGACCGCCAAGGCGAGGGCGACUCUGGCGGCUCGCAGGGAGCAGGACCGCCAGGCGGCAGCAGCAGCAGCUGCUGCACAGGAAGUCGUACCGAGUGGGUAUGAAGAGGGUCAGCUGGUGGCCCACGGGUCGGCGUGGGCUUCUGGCGCCUGGGUGGAGCCGCGCGGCCAGCUCCGGCCAGUUCGUGGCGCUCGUGGCGCCGGGUCCCACGGGCAGCUGCCGGCGCUCGUCUGCGUCGAGUGUUCGGAGUACAUCGGCGCGGAGCUGUACACGAACUGCAACAGGUGCGGCGAGCCGGUCCACGCUGCGUGUGGGCACCGUGGCCAGGACGCCUACGGACCCACGCAGGAGCUGUACUGCAGUGAGUGCCUGCAGCGACUCGAGGAGCUCCUCUGGGCGGAGCGCGUGCAAGGCGAGGUAGCAUCCCAGCGUCGUUCUGGCAUGGCUUCCCAGGCCCUAUCGACGACAGCUGGCGUCGUCGCCAGCAGUGCUUUUGUUGUUGGGGCUGCUGCUGGGGCGACCGCAGCCACUGCGGUUCGCGCGGCUGGCGCCGUCUCCCGGGGCAUCGUCGCUGGAGUGGAGCUGGCCCGGCCGCGGCAGGAGGAGACCGCGGAGAUCCUGGCUGGCACUGAGCACGCCGCCUUGCCGCCGAUGCCAGAGGAGGGGAGCAGGGAGGAGCAGGAUGGCAGAGGAGAGGAGCGUGAGGGCCCAGAGGAGGAUCAGGACGGCAGUGCAGAGGAGCAGGAAGGAGGCCCCGGCGCCUAUGUCUCUGGAUCGACGCUCGACGGUGGCACGGCCGAGCCGAUCGACGAGCCGCAGCGGAGCGAGGGCGCCGGCCCGCCGGGACUCGGCGCGGCGCCGCGGCAUCCUCGCCAGAGGAAUGCCGGCGAGGGCCGGGAGGAGGCGCGCGUCCUGCUCGCGGCACGCGUGCCGCAAGGGCUCAGGGGCGGCGGGGGUCCGUCAGCGAUGAGCGCACUGGAGACCGCCGUGGGUUUCCAGGUGGAGGCGGUGGAGGUGCACCGCCGCCUGGAGGAGGUGCACCGUCGCCUGGAGGACAGCGAGAGCGUCGUGGACAGGACGAUGGCGCUGGUCGCGGAGGAAUGUCGGCGUGCGCUGGAGUUCGACCGCGCUUACCUUCGAGGGCGCGUGGAGGCGCUCGAGGAGAUGCUGAGGACGAGGCCUCCGGCUGCUCCUCCACCGGCGCCGGCAGCAGGUUCAGGGAGCGCCGGACGCACGAACAUCAGGGUUAAGGCGGAGGUCGAGUGGCCGAAGUACGACGCCACGGACAUCUACUACGACGUGGAGGAGUUUUUCAAGGACCUCAAGCGCGUCAUGAUGCUGGCCUCCGCUGGGAAGGGUUACCCAGCCCAGGAGAAGUUGGAGAUGCUUCGAGGCGGACUCUCCGGCGUGCCGCUCUUGGACUUCAAGACGUUCGUCGACGACAACGAGCUGCGCAACGCGACGCUCGAGAGGGGCACGGAUUCCGCGCGUGAGGAUUUGUGGCAGGAGGUUGAGGCUUAUCUUAAGCGUUCUUUUCAUCGACCUCUUCUGGAACGCCAGCGGCGGGCUCGUGCUGAGUACAACGCCUGUUCGAUGAGGAACGGGGAGAUCCGGGAGUACAUGGCCUUCCAGACCGACUUCAAGCGCUGCUUGAAGAAUCUGGAGCGGAGUGGCCUGGCAAAGGCCCGCGAGGAGGUGAAGGUGGACUUCAUCGAGAAGCUGACGGAGGAGUGCGCUACCCAUAUUAUGCUGACCCCGUACACGGACGCUCGUACAGGGAAUGUUGGCUUGGUGCGGGAUCUGGAGGCCGCUAUGGAGAUGGCCCGGUCGUUCUUCGCCGUGCAGGACACGAAGCGCGUGGUCUUUGCCGCGGAGAAGAUUGAGGUCAACCGCGAGGCACGGUUCGGCGGCCGGCUGGGGCAACCGAGCCACGGCUUCCGCUCGAACCCCCAAGGUGCCGGUUUCAACACGGACCGGCUGAUCGGCGACAUCCUCAUUUCCCGCUGGGGCCGACCCGAGGGCCGGAAGGAUUCUGCAGCUCCAUCUGCAGGCCAUGUCGCCCAGCGAAGCUCGACCGAGGAACGCUGCGCGUUCGACGAGCUGGAGGACGAGGCGGCCCUACCGACAGAGGAGAGCCCCUUCCCUGCCGACGACGCGCCCUCCGGGCCGCCCGAGGCGCAGCUGGCCGUGUCCCCGCCCUUGCGCCGGUUCGCGGACAUCGCGAACAUUCGGCCGCGACCUCGCCCAGAGCCGGGCCGCAACCACAAGCUGUGGAUCUCCUUCGGGGGCGUGCGCGUCAAGGGCUGCAAGGACACAGGCGCGGCGGCGACGACGAUUCCAGAGAGCCUGGUGAUGCGUAUCAUCCGGCAGCACGCCGACACCGAUCCUGGCUCCAAAGAUUACCCCAUUGGGGAGCUGAUGGAGUACCGGCCGCCUAUCAGGCUGAUAGGGUUCGGUAGCGCGGAGCCGGUGGACAUCAAGUACGGCUGCGUCCUCUACACCACCUUCCACCUUCCACGCUAUCCUCUGCUCGGCGCCCGCACUGUGGGGCCAGAGGGGUUGCACAUCGACACGACUCUGGAGCACCACGUCGUGCGGAAGUUGGGCCUGACUUGUGCUCGUGCUGAGCUCGGUCGCCCGUGCGGCCGCGAGGAGGUCGCUGAGGAACAGCGCGGGGUUCAGCACGUCUUCCGGGCCACGGAGGAUGUCUACGUGCCUGCCGGCGAGGAGCGGGUGGCCAAGGACGCGCCGCUGCACAUCGAGCCAGGCGCGCCCGUGGCGAGGCUAGCGCCCUGUCUUUCGGCCUCGGCCUUGGCGCAGCGCGAGCAUGACUUCCGCUCGGCGUUUCGUGCCGCAGAUCCUACGGUCAUCGAGCACCUCGUUCGCCUCUCCGCUGUCCUCGAGACGGCGGCCAACGGUGGACUGUCGUUUAAACUCUCGAAGUGCCAGCUGCUCCAGCCCGAGCUGCGCCUGCUUGGCACGAUCACGGGGCGGGAGGGGCAGAAGCCUGACCCAGCCAAGGUCCAGGGCAUCAUGGACUUCCCACCGCCCACGACGAAGGGCCAGUUACGGGAGUUCUUUGGCAGCGUGAACUGGUUGAGGCCAUUCUUGUCGACCGCGUUUUCGAGGGAGAGCGCGGGACUCCGCAGGUACCUCAAGAAGGAGGUGGACGACAACUACGGCGCUUUGGAUGAGGAGGGGAUGGCUUCCUUCCGCAUGAUCCAGAAGCUCGUCGCGGAGUUCAUCGCCCUCUGCGUGCCGGACUACGCGGCCGCGGCGGACUGGGAGCGCACAGGUAGAUGCUUCGAGAUCGUUCUUGAUGCUUCGCUCCUGGGCGGAGGCGCGGCGCUCUUCCAGCUGAACGCCGAGCUCGGCAAGCCGCGACCUCUUGCUAUGUGUUCCCGGUCGUUCACUACGGCGCAGCAGGCUUGGCCGGCCUGGCAGCGAGAGCUUGGGAUGAUGAAGGAGGCGGUCCUCGAGUUCGCCCCGAUUUGCGCCGGUUAUCGGACCCUGGCUUGGACGGACCACCGAAACAACACCUCCGUGUCCAUGAUCCCUCCCGAGGAGUGCGGCGAGAAGGUGAUCCGGUGGUGGGGCAUCAUCCUUCAGAGCGGCGUCAUCGUCUGCUUCUUGGCUGGCAAAAUGAACCCUUCCGAUGGUUUGUCCAGGAACCCCCGGGAUCGUGACGCCUUGCUGGCACGGCGGGCUUGGCUGCUCAAGAACCCCUCGGAGCUCGCCGCGGACUUCAAGCAGACGGAGUUCGAGGACGCCCUGACUCUCGAACAGCUUGCGGACGCCCGAUGGUCGCUAUUCCGGUCUCCUUGGGAGUUGGAGGAGGUGGAGGCUGGGGAGGUGUUCGUUGCCACAGCAGGUGGAGGAUUCCGCAACAUCCUGGAGGUGCUCGCCGUGCCUUCUUGGGAGGCCGUCGAGCCCGGCACCUUCGCGAAGGAGGUGGAGAGGCUGCUCGUGGCCGCCCGCUCCGAAGAGGCUGAUCUCUUCGCGCCGCUCGUGGUGGAGGCCGACGCGCCCAUGGUAGACGAGGAGGGCUUGGGCUUCUGGUUCCGCCAGCCGCGGGGGCCAGACAGCGCGUCCUCGCGCAAGGAGCUGCGUCGCUCGCUCUUCACGGCCGUCCUGGAGCUUCUGCGGCAAAUGCGCCGCCGGCCACCCCACGUAGUCGUAGCGUUGGGCCAAGGUGCUGUUGUGGCCGCGUUCGCCUGCCACCCUGCUGUCCGCGAGCUGGUUUACCGGCACCGCUUCGUCCAGCCUUUCGAGUCCGAGGCGAUGGAGUCGGCGGCCAAGGGCGUUGCGCAGUGGUUCUUCGUGCAUGCUGCCGCUGUGCUGCGCGCGGGCCUGAUGUCGAGGCUCUUCGACCUCGUGCCGGAGAUGACGCCACUCCCCGACGUGUGGUCUGAGCACCAGGUGCAGCGGGGAGCAAGCUCGCGCUCUGACGCUCGCUGUCUGGCCGCGCGCUUCUCGAACGGCGCGGUGCUGGAGCGCGGAGGAGGCCGUCGCGAUUUCGCUGCACUGAAGGUCCGAGGACCUCUGCCCACGCCCAUCGCCUUCGAGGAGGACCUCACGCUGCAGGAGGCGGAGAGGCGCGGCCACGUCGAUGGCACAGAAUUGGGCCGCCUAGCCGGGCCGCUCCGUCCGUACGUCGUCACGGCCCAGGAGCUCGACCCCGAGUGCUCCAAAAUGCUCCGGUACCUGAGCUGGGAGACGGAGAAGGUCGUGAAGCCUAGCGUGGACCUCCGGGCCCACGGCCUCACGCAGGAGGAUGCGGCCCGCUUGAGGAGGGAGGCUGCCAGGUUCUGCAUCGGCGAGGACGGUGCUUUGCUUCGACGGCUGACUCCGGAGCUCCCUGGAGAUCCGGCCGCAGUCCCAGUACUUCCGGCAGGAGCGUUGAUUCCCGAGGUGGAGCGCGAUCCCCACCGGGAUCCCGCCGUGAAAACGACGUGGAGGAACUGGGCGAUGCUGGCCGCCCACGCGGGCGAGUACGGCGGCCAUGCGAAGCUGGAGGAGGCCCUUGUGAAAUUGAGGGCGACGGCAUGGUGGAGUUCGAUGUCCAACGACCUGGCUCGAUUCAUCGAGCGCUGCCCGACUUGCGCCUCAGACCGUCGCCCAGGUCGGUUGGCCCUCACCCGGUCUGAGCAUCCGCGGACCCCAUUCGACACCGUCCAGAUCGACUUGCAGGGGCCGUGGUGCCCUGGCAGCAAGGAAGGGUGGCGAUACGUCUUCACUCUGAUCUGCGUCUUUACUCGGUACCCCACGCUCCGCGGCCAGAACACGAAGUCCAAGACGGACACGGCCAGAACCUUCUUAUCCAUCAUCUGGGAGUUGGGCACGUUCCCGAGGGUCGUGCAGAGCGAUAGGGGCCGCGAGUUCGUGAACGACUUGAUGCAGGAGGUCUUGGUGCUGCUCCGCAUGCGGCCGUAUGCCACACCGGCCUACACCCCGAGGAUCAACGGCAUCGUCGAGAGGAGCCACCAGCAGAUGGCGACGACGUUGCGGCUGCUGGUGCACGAGCUCGCCAAGAGCUCCCCGCAGCUGUGGGGCGAGUUUCUGGCGUGCCUGCAGUACCACCUCCGCCAUCACCGGGUUGCGGACAGCCAGGUGACCCCUUUCCGCCUUGUUCAUGGUUGGGCCGCUGCGCUGCCGACGAUGCGCUCGCUGGCCCCUUGGGCCACGGUUCCGGCAGCCAUGGUCGAGGACGAGUGGCUUCGCUCGAUGGUCGUGGGCUGGAAGGCCAUCACGUCCCGCUUUAAGGCCUACUUGGACGACUACGAGGUGAAGGCAGCCGUGGCGAGGGACCGCAAGGCGCGCUGGCAGGUCUUCCGCGCGGGCGACAUGGUCAUGCUCGAGCGGCCGCCGCGCGUGGGCGACCCGAGCAAGGGCCUCCUCGAGGCGAUGGAGGGCCCGUACCGCAUCAUCCGCAUGAUCGGGGAGCACCGCGCAGUGCUGGCGGAGCUGGACAGCGAGACCUUGGUUCCGCGCGCGCCGGCUGGAGAGCACGGCAUCGCGACUUCUCGAUUGACCCUGGUGCCGGCGGCCGUUUGCCGCCCACUGCAGUUGGACGAGGAUUCGCCGUCCGCCGAGGCGCCGCUUCUACGAGAGGAUGCACGGCGGCGGUGGUCGAAGGCGACUCCUGGCGUGCUGUUGCUGGCCGAGGGUUCGGACGGAGCUUUCCUCGGCGAGGUGAGGGUGAACUACCCUCGUCGCCUCUUGGUCUCCCUGGCUCGCUUUGGCAUGCGAGCAGACGGCACGUGGGCCCGGCUCUACCUGCGUGCUGACGGAGUGGAGACGUUCGACCCGACCCUGACCGAGGUGCGCGCCGACGUUCCCUACGUGGAUCUUCGCGCUGAGGCUCGUUUGUCUGACAGUCGCCUGGACGCGCGCUCCCGCAGAGCAGCGGAGGCGUUGCAUUUGACAUUUCGUCCUCAUGCAGCGCCUGCUGCCGAGGAGCCGCCGGCGCGUCCUGAGGACAUAGCCGCUGCUUCGCCGACUCUGGAGGACACGUUUCCGGAGGUGCCCAAUGUAUUCAUCGACGGCUCCCGGAGGUCCGUCGUGCCGAAGGCCAUGGACGCCGACGAGCUUCGGAGGAUCAAGACGGACGAGAUUGUCUUCGAUACGGCAGCCAGGUCGACAGCACGGUACGCCGAGAUCAUCGCUUUCGAGGCGUCGAAGCCGAACGGGCGCCGGGUGUGCGACGAUCGUCGUGUUAACGCCGUGACUCGUCGCAUGUACUACCCGAUCCCGCGGGUUGAUGAUACAUUGCGACGGUGUGCUGGCAGACGGUGGCUUUCUUCGCUGGACGCCGUGAGCGGCUUCAAUCACCUUCCUCUGACGCCGCGGGCACGGGAGAUUUUGGCAAUUUGCACUUUCUCUGGUCUCUACGCGUGGGAGUCCCUGCCAUUUGGGCCAUGCGACGGGCCGCAGGCUUUCCAGGCAGUGAUGCGACGUGUCUUCGACGGCUACGCGGCGGACUGGUUGGCUAUCUACAUAGACGACCUGUGCAUUGCCAGCGGCCGGUCUGGUGGCGCCCCGUGGCGCUCACCGCGGCACGUCUGCCUCAAGGCCCUUGUGGAUGCGGAGCUCAAGGGCUACGUCCCGCAGGACGUCCUCAAGAAAAUCCGCAAAGCUACUAAUGACCUGAAGGCCCACAUCGACAGCCUGCAGAAGGUCAACGAGCGCACAGAGUCAACGAAGGCUGACAUUGCCAAGCUGGAGGGGGACCACUUCCCUCCGGGUUGCCGCGCAUUUGCUUUGGCGUAUGAGUCUCCGCUGUUGGACUCGGCGCGCGUGGAACAACUUGAGAUGAGAUUGGACUUGAGUGGAAAGACCGUUCGCGAGGCGAAGAGGACCGCCUACAGCUACCACCUCACUGUCCAGAAAAAGCUUGACUUGGUGUUCAUGGCCCGGCAGCGUGAAGAAUUCCGCCGCUUGACGCGGAAGGACAACUAUGUGCAGCAAUGCGCUGCUUCUGUCACCUCGCACGUCACUGAGUCUAUCGCGGCUUUGGAUCUUGACCUCGACGGUGCUGACGAUCCGCAGGCCGGCCUCAUCGACACAGGCGUGUCCGAGGUUCAGAUAAAGGCCAAGGCGAACGUCCUCUACACCAAGACGGUCGCCCAUGCUGCCGCCGCCAAGGCGCGUAUGAAAGAGGAUCGCGCCAAAGAGGCUGCCCUCAAGGACAAACUGGUCCAAGAGAUGGUCGCCACGAAGCCCGUCGAUCUGUUCAACAUGGCCAUCGACUCCCGGCUGGCUGUGCGUGGGGCCGGCAAAGGCCCUGCACCCGGCGCUGUCUCAACACGCCGCUUCGCUGUCUCGACUGCGGCGAGCGGCACGGGCGCCGUCCAGAGGGAGGCCUCGACCAAGGGCUCCGGCAAGCAGUCCAAAGCUUCGACAAGGAGCUCCGGCAACGGCUCCGGCAAGGGAGCCAACGGCAAGAACGCUGGCAAGAGCAAAAAGGGCAAAGCAGCGCGCGGAGGGCGCGCAAACUGGAGAGAGUAUUGA